AUGAGAGUGAGUAGCGAAGAGGUUGAUUAUGAAGGCAAGUAUCUUUCGUGUAUCAGCGAGUAUGAAAAUGAAUAUAAGAAUGAGUAUGAGUAUAGUAAUGUUACAGAGCAUGAAAAUGAAGAUGGUGGUGAUUAUGAUAAUGAGCUCCCGUUGGUUGAGAUUAUUGCUACAGGAGGAACAAUUGCCUCUAGUGCCAACUGCACAUUGUUGACAGCAGGCUACUCGGUGAACUUGACGAUAGAGAAUCUCGUGCAGAAGAUACCCGAGUUGAAAGGGUUGGCCCACAUUGAGACGAAGCAGAUCUUCAACAUUGGGUCGAACGAGUUGACGUCGAAGAACUUGGUGGAGUUGCGAGAGUUUAUUCUUGGGUUGGUGGGAGACAGAGAGAAGAAGAUCGAUGGGAUAGUGAUCACUCAUGGAACCGACACGCUCGAGGAGACGAGUUUCUUCUUGGAGAUGACGUUGAAGGUGAGCGUUCCCAUAGUGUUGACGGGGUCGAUGAGGCCCAGCUCAGCGUUGUCGUCGGAUGGCAUCAUGAACCUCUACCAGGCAGUGUAUGUGGCCAGCAGGAAGCAGGAGUCGCUGAACAGAGGCAUCUUGGUCAACUUGAACGACAGGAUCUUGUCUGGCUUCUACAUCAGCAAGGGCAACGCCAACUCGUUGGACACGUUCAAGAACUUCGAGCAGGGCAACUUGGGCAUGUUCAUCAACAAUGAGAUUGUGUGGUUCAUCGGCAACGAGAGCCGCUUCAACAGGUUGUCCGGCUUCUUCAGCAACUUCAGACUCAAGGGGCGAGGAGGACACUUGCCGGAGGUGAUCAUCCUCUACGGCUACCAGGAGUUGAAUCCGGCGUUGGUGGAGUUGGCCAUCACACAGCUCCACGCCAGGGGCAUUGUGUUGGCAGGAACAGGCUCUGGAUCCUGGACCGAGCAGGGCAACUUGGUGGCGUUGGAGGCGUCGCAGAAGCACGGCAUCCCCGUGGUGUACAGCUCCAGGACGUUGAACGGGAUUGUGCCCAUCGAGAACUUGCCCGUGGUGGUGGAGGGAAGAGCCUUCACGCACGCCAUUGCCAGUGGAUUUUUGAAUCCGCAAAAGACACGGAUAUUGUUGCAGUUGUGUUUGAACGAAAACUACUCUGUGGACGAGAUCAAACGAGUGUUUCGCAACGUCUAUGGAGGAGGUAUCCUAGAAAACGGCUCUUGA